AUGUUUUCGAUAAAUUGGCUGAGUUUAGCAAUAGCAGUUUUCUUCGUCGAUCAUUGGGCUCAUGCUUGGUCUCCUACCGAUGGAUACACUCCUGGGAAUGUGACCUGCGGUGAGGAUAUCAAGUUGGUUAGAGCUGCAACGGGACUUUCCCAGAAUGAGACUGACUGGCUAGAGAAAAGGGACGCCUACACAAGGGAAGCACUGAAAACUUUCUUGGAGAGGGCAACGAGCAACUUCACCAAUAGUUCGCUAGUUUCCACACUUUUUGGUAAUGAUUCGAACGUGCCAAAGGUGGCCGUAGCUUGUUCCGGUGGUGGAUAUCGUGCCAUGCUAUGUGGUGCAGGUAUGCUUGCAGCUAUGGAUAACAGAACCGAUGGUGCCAAUGAACACGGUUUGGGUGGUCUUCUGCAAAGUGCUACUUAUUUGGCAGGUCUUUCAGGUGGUAAUUGGCUGACUGGUACGUUGGCAUACAAUAAUUGGACCUCGGUACAGGAUAUAGUGAACAAUAUGACGACAGAAGGCUCCAUUUGGGACAUCUCUAACUCCAUCAUCAACCCUGGUGGAAUUAACGUUCUAACCACUGCUGAGAGAUGGGAUCACAUUUCUGAUGCUGUCGAGGGAAAACAGGACGCCGGCUUCAACGUCACGUUGACCGACAUCUGGGGUCGGGCUUUAUCCUAUAAUUUCUUUCCCUCUCUUUACCGAGGUGGUGUCGGGUACACUUGGUCGACCUUAAGAGACUCUGAAGUCUUUCAAAAUGGUGAAAUGCCGUUCCCUAUUUCUGUGGCAUGUGGUAGAUACCCUGGUACUAAAAUCAUCAAUUUGAAUGCUACCGUUUUUGAGUUUAACCCAUUUGAAAUGGGGUCCUGGGAUCCUACUUUAAAUGCAUUCUCCGAUGUAAAGUACCUGGGAACCAACGUUUCUGACGGUGUGCCAGUUAAAAAGGGUCAAUGUGUUGCAGGCUUCGACAACACGGGAUUCGUCAUGGGUACCUCAUCGAGUUUGUUCAACCAAUUCCUGCUAAGAAUCAACGACACCUCUCUACCUAGCUUUAUCAAAGAUUUAGCGACUCACUUCCUCAACGACCUGAGUACAGACGAAGACGAUAUCGCCGUCUAUGGUCCAAACCCUUUCAAGGACUCUAUGCAUAUGCCUUCAAAUUACUCGACAUCCAUUUCGAAAUCAGAAGAUCUGUUCUUGGUAGAUGGCGGUGAAGACAACCAAAAUGUUCCACUGGUUCCAUUAUUGCAGAAUGAGCGUGGCGUCGAUGUCAUUUUUGCUCUUGAUAAUUCAGCUGACACGGACGAGAACUGGCCUGAUGGUGCAUCUUUGGUUGCAACCUAUGAACGCCAAUUCGGAAUACAAGGUCUUAACAUGUCUUUCCCUUACGUCCCAGAUGUAAACACUUUUGUUAACCUGGGUUUGAACAAAAAUCCCGUAUUUUUCGGUUGUGAUGCUCAUAACUUAACGGAUUUGACUUACACUCCACCUUUGGUCGUCUACAUUCCUAACGCCCGCCAUUCGUACAACAGUAAUACCAGUACCUUUAAGCUUUCCUACUCCGACGACGAAAGACUCAGUAUUAUCAAAAACGGAUUUGAAGCAGCUACAAGAGGCAACCUCACCGAGGAUUCCAACUUCUUGGGUUGCGUCGCUUGCGCAGUUAUGAGACGUAAGCAACAAAGUCUCAACGAAACGUUACCGGAUGAAUGUAGCCAGUGUUUCACGAACUACUGUUGGAACGGAACUAUUGAUAAUAACAAGGUGGCAGGUUUGAAUAACAGUGAUUACAGCUCUACAGUCGCAUCUACCGCGUACAGUGCUUUUGCCACUGGCAGUAGUAGUAGUAGCUCUACGACUAAAAAAUCUAAAAACGACGCAAUCAAUCCUGUGAGCCCAUCUCCCCUUCUCUCCUUCAUGGCAUUGUUGGGCGCAGUCGCUGGCUUCUUAUGA